AUGUCUACCCCCACCAGCCCCGCGGAUGUAAAGCUGCCGCAGCGCUCGGGUACUGUGAGCAGCGGCUUCACUCGUCGCACCUCUAUGAGUGAUGACGAAGCCAUUCCCGAUACCGAUAGCAGUGAGACUACUAAGCUCCUGCUCGAGCGUCUUCGUGCAUGGAAGCACAUGUGCGGAUAUCUUGAGGACUACUUCUCUGUGACCGCCAAGGUGCAGAAGUCCCAAUCCAAAGAUUAUGAGAAGAUCUUGAAGACCGUGAACGAGCCUCUCAAAGAAGGCCACCACUUCAGCUCCAGCGCUGGCGGAAUCACCGGGCUGUUUGAGAACGUGCGCAACAACACCCAGGGCAUUGUCAACAUGUACCUCGACGGCGAAAAGAACAUCAAGAACGGCGUGCUCCCGACCCUUGAGCGCCUGCACAAGGAAAUCAAGAACAAGUCCAAGGAGCUGAGCUCCGGCGCAUCCAAGGGCGCCAAGUCCGUCGAGAAGGCCCGCGCCCUCACGCAGAAGCACAUCGAGCUCUUGGGCCAGAACUCCGCGUCGUUCGACGCGGCCGCCUCCAACAAGCUCGACCAGCAGCAUGACCCGUACAUCAUCAAGCGCGGUAUCAACCACCGCCUGAACAACCAGGUCAAUGAGGAGAACAACCACCGACAGGACAUCCUCGCCGUCCAGAACUCCUUCCAGCAAUUCGAGGCCCACCUCCUGCAAACCGUACAGGGAGCCCUCGAGCAAUUCCACCAGCAGAUGGGCGGCCAGAUUGAGCGCCAGCGCGCUAUGUACGCCGAUAUCCUCGGCACCGCGCAGCGCAUCCCCCCCGACUUCGAAUGGGUGAACUUCUGCGUCCGCAACGACGCAACCCUCGUCAACCCAGACUCUCCCCCGCGCUCUUUCUCCAGCAUCACUUUCCCGAACAUGGACCACCGUUCCACGCAGCCUUUGAUCGAGGGCUCCCUCGAGCGUCGCUCUCGUGCUAUCGUCAAGGGCUACUCCACCGGCUACUACGUCGUCAGCGCAGCUCGCUACCUGCACGAGACCCCACCCCCCGAGCUCUCCCUCUACCUGCCCGACUGUAUCGUCGGUGCCAUCGACGGUGUCAAGUUCAAUGUCAAGGGCAAGGACGUCUCCUCCGGCAAGAUCGGCAACGCCUUCCACACCAAUACCGAGCUUAGCUUCAAGGCUCACACAUCCGCCGACGCCGAGAAGUGGUGGACCGUCAUCAAGGACGCCACGCGCAGCCCUGUCCCUGCAGCAGCCUCGACUCUCGCUUCGCCCGCAGCUGCUUCGCCGACUGUCGCUUCUCCCGCGGCCACUUCACCCGUUGCCUCGACUAGUCCUUCUCGCAACGUCUCCGGCCAGAGUCAACCUCCCACCUACGCUGAGAAGGAGAUGGAGAAGGCCCAACCGACUUCGCAGCCUGCGGGUACUGACACCAAGGAUGCUGCUGCUGCCAGUCCCGCUGCUACCAGCCCCGUCGCCGCCACUCCCGCACCUGGAAUCAGUCGCACCGCUAGCUCCGCUACCAGCUUCCACGGCGGUCCCACCGGCGCAGCCUUGGAGAAGAACGAAAAGUCUUAG